AUGUGGUGGUUCGCGACUUUGGAGACGUUCAUUCUUAGCGAUCGCAAUACCACACUUUCUCUUACUGUCGUCUUCACACUCCCGUCGACAGCAACAUCAGACAAAAUGGCCCCCGCCGCAAAGAAGCAGAAGAAGAAGUGGUCCAAGGGCAAGGUCAAGGACAAGGCCCAGCACGCCGUCGUCCUCGACAAGACCACCUCCGAGAAGCUCUACAAGGAUGUUCAGUCUUACCGUCUGGUCACUAUCGCCACCCUCGUCGACCGAAUGAAGAUCAACGGUUCUCUGGCCCGACAGUGCCUUGCCGACCUCGAGGAGAAGGGCAUCAUCAAGCCUGUGGUUACACACAGCAAGAUGAAGAUCUACACCCGUGCCGUUGGUGGUACCGACUAA